GGCUUAAAUUCAUAAUUUUAGUCAUUCGUUCUUCACAGCUCACGCCUAGGGGCUGUUGUUCUAUUUUAUUUUCGAUUAUCAUUAUUUUUGUUUUCCACAUCCAAAAUGAAUUCCGUGCUCAAUCCCGAGGCUCCUGAGUUUUAUCCACAUUUGACAUCGGUAACACAGGUGCGUGAUCCAGCGAGACACAAGGGCGGAUAUUCGAAAGUGAAAAAGACAAUUAUAUCAUCGAACAAUAUGCCGUUGGGAGUAGCGUAUGAUGUGUUUAAAACAUUCAACGAUUUCAACAUCGUCACUUAUCAGCUAAGCGAAAAUGUCAUCGAACAAACAAACCAAAUACUGAUCAAUGAAUUACCAGCUGUGAAGUUAAAAUACUAUGAUAACGAAUACAAUACAGAGAAGAUAACCGACGCUAACGACAGUUUCCUGGAUAAAGUGAACAUUAACAUCGACACAAUGAACGGAGUGCAAAACUCGAACGACAUGUUCCACCUCAAUUCAACCAAAGCUACCCCGUGGAACGAUGCGCCCAUCAUUACCAAGAUACAGAUGGGCUCCACAGUAUUCAUUGCAGCUAAAAACAUUCCACGACCUCAGCUCAAUUUCAAAGACACCAUUGACAAUUCAGAGAAUUUAUGGGUGCCAAAAAUUUCUGAUAAACCAAAUAACAUUAAGCCUUUGGCUUUGAACAUAUUAUACAACGAGGAUGGCGAAGCCGUCGGAUACGAGCACCCAUACAGAGUUGAGUUGGAUCUGUAUCACCCGCCGUCGUACAUGAUCGAGCCGGACCCGGAGCCGCCCACUUUCCCCUACGCGCUGGACGAAACCAAGUUCACGUUCGUGGCGACAGAGGCGGCACUGGACGCGCUCGUGGAACACUUGACAGGAGUCCUGGAGCUGGCCGUGGAUGUCGAACACCAUUCCUACAGGACUUACCAAGGCAUAACGUGCCUUAUUCAAAUAUCGACGAAUGAAGGCGGUGACUUCAUUAUUGACACGCUUGCCAUCAGGGAACAUAUUCACAAAUUGAAUUUGGUGUUUACUGAUCCCAAGAAACUUAAGGUAUUCCACGGCGCAGAGAACGAUGUGCUGUGGCUACAGCGCGACUUUGGCGUGUACAUCGUGGGCCUGUUCGACACGCACCAGGCCGCCAAGGCGCUCAACAUGCCCGGCCUCUCGCUCAAACACUUGCUCUUCAAGUAUUGUAACUUCAAUACCGACAAAACAUACCAGCUGGCGGACUGGCGCAUCCGUCCGCUGCCAGCGGUGCUAGUGGAGUACGCGCGCACGGACACGCACUACCUGCUGUACGUGUGGCGCAUGAUGAAGCACGAGCUGCUCGACGUGGCCGCCGGCCAGCCGCACCUGCUGCUCAGCGUGUUCGAGGAGAGCCGCCAGAUAUGCGCUGCUACAUACAACAAAGAGGUGAUACACGAGACCAGCCACAUUCCUCUUUAUAUUCGCUCGAAAAAGUCCUUCAACACGCAGCAAAUGGCCGCGCUCAAGAUGCUUUACAAGUGGAGGGACUCGCAGGCCCGCGAGCAAGAUGAAAGCACCACGUACCUCAUACCCAACCAUAUGCUGUUGGCGCUCGCCGAGCAGUUGCCCCGCGAGGUGCAAGGCGUCAACGCAUGCUGCGAACCCAUGCCACCCUUCAUCAAACAGAACCUACUCACACUGCACAGGAUGAUCUUGUCGUGUCGCCAGUUGCCGAUCGAACCCCAACUAUAUCAAAUGCCGACAAGCAUCAGGAGCAUGUUAGACGUGUCUCACCAGACGCUACCCGCUUACGACGUUCAUGAUUUGUCACAAUUCCCCGAACUUGGUGAACAGCAACACGUGAAGUUACAGCAUGCGAUGCUGUACUUGAACAAGCCGAGUAACUUGCACGUGGAGGUGCCAGCGUUCGUGCCCGGCCAUUUACUCGGAGAACGUCCCGCUAUUGUGUCCGAUUUGAACGUUAAUGCGAAAUUAUUCAUUCCACCUUACGACAGAUACAGGAAAUAUCGAUGUCUAGUACAGAUGGAAGAAAUAAAAGAAUUCAAGGAAAAAGAAGCAAAAGUUGCCGCUAUCAGCAAAGGCAACGAGCUUAUCAAAAAAGAAGUGCUCGUGAAACUGCAACAAGCACAAUCACAAAUUAAACAGGAGGAAAUCGACAUCAAGCAGGACUCCCUUGUCGGGGUCUCUCAUGAAAACGACGAAUCAGACGCAGACAAGAAAAUAGCACAGCGUAAAAGGAAAAUAUCAGCUGAGAAAGUGGAAGAAAAGGAGGCGCCCAAAGUCGUUGAAGAAAUUAAAAAGGACGUCAUUAUUAAAACAACUAAGAAAGAUGAGACCGAUUUAAAACCAUACGAAUAUAAAAAUGCUAACUACAAAAAGUUUUACGAUGACGUCAAUAACCCUAAGCAAAAUAAAACUAAUGUUAAAAAAUAUAAAAAGAAAUAAUAAUUUAUCAUUAAGUGAAAAUAAUAUUAUAUAAUUCUUUUUAUAUUAUUUUAUCGUUUUAUUUAUUAACCGUGAUUCUGUAUGGAAUAUUUAAAUAAAACAAGAAUCAUGUUAAUGUACUGUUUACUUUUAAGGGAAAAGUAACAUUCGGUACUGCCAUGUUUGUAGCAUUUUUAUAAAUAUGCUCACAUGUGUGACACUAGGUUUUUGUGAGGAAAACCUUUGUGCCACACAUGAGGCGGUCGUGUAUACGCGGCUGCGUACGCGGCGCCGGCGGCGAGCUAGUGUCUUUAUUAUUACUCCGAUAUAUCGUCAGAUACAUCCUCGCGCACUUUCACUUUGUUCUUGAAUCUUCUGUUCGCGUAGCCUGAGUCAUUUCUUUCCUUCACCACCCCUUUACCUUCGACUUUAUUUUUUGGCCUUACGCGGAAUUUCUUGUUUCGCGGUUCUUCAUCCCUAACUACUUUUUUACUCCUGUGUGUGGGGCGCGAAUGGCUCUCCGUCGACGGAUUGACUCUGUUUUCCUCCUCGACGGGUAGCUCUCGUUUUAAUGCACUCUUGAACGUCUGCCCGCGUGUCGGCUCGUGCAACGAGAAUGUAAUUCGAUCGUGAUGUAUCUGUUGAAUUAACUAUGUUUAUAUAUCUGCCAGUAAAGUAAUAAAAGUUUUUAAUUCAUCCAUAAA